AAUACACAAUAGCGCUUGGACGUCUGCACUUUCGUGAAUUUCACUUACUGUUUCGGUCUUGUGUUGAGUUCGAAUUCCCUCGUGUCAAUCCAGUGGUUUUCGGGUAAAUGUAUUUUAAACAGUCCAUCGAAUUAUUGUGUUUUGGUGAUUCAGACUUCAGAACUUUAAGCUGCAAUUCUGAACCCUCUUAAUUUACCGGUAAUUAUUUUUAACUGGUAUAAACUGACUGAAAAUGAGAUUCUUCCCAUCAAUUCUAUUGAUCGUCGCGAUCUUCAUCCUCUCUGACUAUGUACGAUGGAGUACGGCGUGCACUUGGUGCCAAGGUGAAGAAUGUAACGCACCCCCUCCACAAUACCCCUGCCCUUACGGAGAAUACACGAACAGGUGCAGAAGGAGGGAAUGCUUGAAAGGACCUGGAGAGAAAUGUGGAGGACCAAUUCGUAACUCCUUCGGAGACUGUGCAACCGGUCUGUUUUGCUCUAGCGAAGGAAGGUGCUACGGAUGCUUCUUGGGCAAUCUUGAGUGCUACCCUCCUCAACCAAACAAGAAUGUUAAUCAGUAUUAAAAAAGGCCAAAUAGACCUAACCAAUCUGGCUGCUCUCAUUACCUCAGAACGAUGAUUCUCACAUUCAGUUCGCCUGGUUGUAUAUAAUCAAUUAUUUAUUUCCAUUAUGUAUUUAUAAUCACAAAGACUCAUGACGAAUAAAUCUGUAAUAUUAUA